AUGGCCUCCCAGGCUCCAAGUGUAUUCUGCUACCCUUGUCCGUCCGUUCGUUCAUCUGUCCAGGAGAUGCUUGGGCCCUCGAACCGUAUGCCCGGUGAUGCUAGACGGUACAACACGAAGGCUGUUCUCGCUUAUCAGGAAAAGAAACAUCAUCUCAGGAUCCGUCUAGGUCCGACAGGAUAUCGCCUUGCAGUAGUCACAGCCCUCUCAAAAAAAGAACUGGCUCCUAUAACGCCGAGACAUGUGUCGAACGGUUUAUUUCAAGUCCCCAAGCUGCAAGCACCGUUGGAUAAUUAUCGGUCAGCCGUGCGCCAAAGAUCCCGGAUUUUCUAA